AUGGAACAAGUGUAUGCAAGGCAUCACCCUGAUUUACCACCUCAACUUCCUGCAGCUCAAUAUUUCCGGCAACAUUAUCUGUUCCAAAGCUCCAGCAGCAACAGCAGUACGACGACAUCUACUAGCUCCUCACAAAUUUGGACAGACGAGUUUUUUCAGAAACAGCAGGAUCAUUCUCAAAUAGAUGAAGAGGCUUUGCAACGAGCAUUUGAAGAGGUUCAGUUAGCAAAUGAAGAGAAACGACUGCAAGACAUUCCACAACAAUCUUCUUUCCAACCUGCUAUAAGCAUUACAUCAUCACAGCGGCAAAAUGUAGCCGCACGUACAGACACGUCUUUUUCUCAUUUAUUGGACACUAAAGAUUGGUCAAAGGAAUUCAGUAAAUAUCAUGAUUUAUCAGCAUUGGAACAACAGCAGCAGGAAGCACAAUCGACAGACAGUCUUGUUGCGUCAAGGUCUGUCUCAAAUGAUCAAGAAGAGGAUGACAUAGAAGAUUGGCUUCGCAUGUAUCAGAAAAGCUUCGAAAACAAACAAAGUCUGUUGAAUGAAGAGACUCUAAAGAAAGAACAGCAGUCGUGGGAUCGAUUAAAACCAGGCCAUGGAUAUCGAGCUAUUCAUCCAGAGUAUGAACAAUAUCACUAUACUCCCAACAAUCCUUAUUUGAAUCAUCAACAUACUAUUGAUCAAUAUCAACAUGAAACUUUAGCUGACAUGGUCUUGGCCUUGGAAGCCAAAGUGCAACUGAAUCCUAAAAAUGCUCAAGCAUGGGAACAACUUGGCCUCAAACAGCAAGAAAACGAACGAGAUGCAGCUGCAAUCACUGCUUUAGAGAAAGCUGUCGCCUUAGAUCCCCACCUACUCAAUGCAUGGAUGGGUUUAGCUGUCAGUUAUACGAAUGAGCACUGCCGUAUGGAUGCUUAUAAUUGUUUAGAACAAUGGCUUUUCAAUAAUACCAAGUAUACACAUUUAUUGGAUGGCCAACGAUUAGGACAAUUUGAUACAAAGGAUGAAAAAAAGCGCCAUGAGCAUAUUACUGAAUUGUUUUUGAAAGCUGCCCAUGAAAGAGAUAAGUCUUUGUUAGAUGCCGAGGUUCAAGUUGGUUUGGGUAUAUUAUUUAAUAUGUCUGAAGAGUAUACAAAAGCCAUUGAUUGUUUCAAAGCAGCAUUGAUGACUCGACCAGAUGAUUAUCAAUUAUGGAACAAAUUAGGCGCUACAUUGGCCAAUUCGCGAGACAUGGAGGCAGCGAUUGAGAUGUAUUUCAAUGCGUUACAGAUUAACCCAUCCUUCGUUAGAGCGAGGUAUAAUCUGGCAAUCAGUUGUAUGAAUUUAGGGCAAUAUCGCGAAGCAGCAGAACAUUUGUUAACUACUUUGGAUUUACAACGUGCCGCAUCUCUUUCAGCAGCUGAAGUUGUGAGAAGAAUGAGUACCAAUGGUCAACCGCAAGUUGCUCCAAUGGAUAUACCAAGCUCUGGCACAAGUAAUGGAAUUUGGGAUAGCUUACGGUUACUCAUGUUUAUAGAAGAUUUGGCAGCAGAGUGUGAUAAACAGAACUUGGAAGCUUUUCGGAGCGAUUUCGAAUUUUAA